GCGGAAGGCCAAAAAAAGGGCAUCGAGGGAGUUAGGCCGGCUGUGCCGAAGUGCGCUCCUAAGAUUUUUGACUUUCUUACGUAAAUGAUGAGAAAAUUUUUUUAUAUCUCAAAGUAUCGUUAGAAAAGAAAGUCCCAGCGCUCGGAGGCUUAGCUGACAAAGAAGGGGGUUGCGUGGCUGCGAGUCUCAGAACUACUGUUUGGGAGCCCCCAAACCAGUGCUGGCACCCGGGCCACACGAGCGCGCAAUUCCUCCCCUGGUAGGUAACGCGGAAGAACCGGGAGGGUGGCGGCCUCAGGGCGCAGAAUCAGGCAAACCUGACGCUCAGGAGCUCGGCUACGGAAAACCAGAAUGGCUACGCGUUGUAGACGGAAGCCUGCAGUCUCAGCAUCCAGGCUGGAGGCAGUAAAGAUUGCUGCAAGUUCAAGGCCAGUGAGCUCCAGGCCAGGCUGGACAACAGAAUGAGCUCCAGACCAGCAUGGGUUAAGCGAGGUGAAGACCAUCCAGAGCUACUGAAUAAGUUUGAGGGUAGCCUGGGUUACAGAGUGCAUUCGAGGCCAGCCUGGGCCACACAGUGAGUUGAAGACCAGCCUUGGCUACAUAGCAAGUUCAAGGACAGCCUAUGCUACAUACUAAGACCUUGUCUUAAACAUCCAUAAAAACAAUAUAGAAAAACAAAACAGAAGAAGCAACAGCACCUGGGAGAAGACUCUGGAAAUGAGCAUGGGAACCCCGAAACCGCGGAUUUUGCCCUGGCUGGUGUCACAGCUGGACCUGGGGCAGCUGAAAGGCGUGGCCUGGCUGGACGAGAGCAGGACGAAGUUCAGGAUCCCAUGGAAGCAUGGCCUGCGACAGGACGCACAGAUGGCUGACUUUGGCAUCUUUCAGGCCUGGGCAGAAGCCAGUGGUGCCUACACCCCAGGGAAGGAUAAGCCAGACCUGUCAACCUGGAAGAGGAAUUUCCGGUCAGCCCUGAACCGGAAAGAAGUGUUGCGAUUAGCUGAUGACCGGAGCAAGGACCCUUUUGACCCUCAUAAAGUGUAUGAGUUUGUGACUCCAGGAGCUAGGGACCUUUUACAUCUGGACACCUCUCCUGACACCAAUGGCAAAGGCAGUCUGUCUGAUCCCCAGGAAGACUUCUGGGAAUUUUUUGGUGACAUGGCCUUGGGAACCCUCACAGACGAGGGGUCCUCAGACCUGGCUAUUGCUUCUAAUGAUUCUCAACUACUGCUAAGCCCCAAUGUGAACAACUUCCCAAACCCAGCACCCCAAGAAAAUCCACUGAGACAGCUGCUAGCUGAGGAACAAUGGGAGUUCGAGGUGACCGCCUUCUACCGAGGCCGCCAGGUCUUCCAGCAGACACUCUUUUGCCCAGGGGGCUUGCGGCUGGUGGGCAGCACAGCUGACAACAUGACACUGCCCUGGCAGCCAGUCACCCUACCAGACCCUGAGGGGUUUCUGACAGACAGGCUUGUGAGGGAGUAUGUGAGGCAGGUACUCAAGGGGCUGGGCAAGGGGCUGGCACUGUGGCGGGCAGGGCAGUGCCUCUGGGCCCAGCGCCUAGGCCACUCUCAUUCCUUCUGGGCUCUGGGUGAGGAGCUGCUUCCAGACAGUGGAAGAGGGCCCGAUGGAGAGGUCCCCAAGGACAAGGACGGAGGUGUUUUCGACCUUAGGCCCUUUGUGGCAGAUCUGAUUGCCUUCAUGGAAGGAAGUGGACACUCCCCACGCUACACUCUGUGGUUCUGUGUGGGGGAAAUGUGGCCCCAGGACCAGCCGUGGGUUAAGAGGCUAGUGAUGGUCAAGGUUGUUCCUACAUGUCUUAAGGAGCUGUUAGAGAUGGCCCGGGAAGGGGGAGCCUCCUCACUGAAAACCGUGGACUUGCACAUCUCCAACAGCCAGCCUAUCUCCCUUACCUCUGACCAGUACAAGGCCUGCCUCCAGGACUUGGUGGAGGACAUGGACUUCCAGGCCACUGGAGAUACCUGAGCCCUGCUCAGCUGCUACCAAUAAAGCAGUUUAUGCCGCCA